UUGAUGUAUUAUCGUGUAGCACGUUUCAAGUUAUUUUACUUUGCAUGUGAUUUCCACUAUGGCGAACGGAUUUUCGGCAAUAAUAUUCUUAUAAUAUGCCGAUUCCGUAACGCCAGGGAAAUAAAUAUUUUAUCUGUUUUGAGUUACUAAUUGUUUAUUAUAUUUAAUAAAUAAUUUACAUCUGUGUUAUUUACUAAGACUUGUAGUGAAUUUUAAAUCUUGAUUUAAACUUUUGCCUUGUGUUAAUUGUUGAUAGUUUAUUAGUGAAAUUUUUUUGUUUAUUAAUUUAUUGACUUAAUUAUGGAUCUCAUGGAUGGUACGAGAGGCAAUGGGCUUUCGCAGCUUAAAAAUGGAGUGGAUUAUAUUAAUCCUGGUGAAGAAGAUCAGAUGGAAAUCUAUGGAUACCGUAGGAAUAAAAUCUUUACAAUAAUCACUUGGCUCCUGAUAGUAGCAACUGGUGGUCUCCUACGUCUUGUAUUUCAUUGGGUACCACAUUUGAUGGUACGAGCAACUCAUUCUAAAUGUUCACUCGACGAGGCUGAUACUGUGCUGCUGAUCGAAAGAUUUCAAGGCAAACAUGCUUACUAUUAUGUAAAAAAACUAAAGACACUGACUGCUGCUGAUGUAUCUAAAAAUGCACUGGACAGCGAGACACUGAUUGAUGAAUCUUGGAAUGAUGCGGCUAGUGUCAAUUCAACGGAUCUGGCUGGCGUGACAACUAUUGAUGAUACUCUGAAACUGUCGGUUCACUUGCACAGCGGACAUUUUAAACGAGUGUCCUCCAUUUUGAUGUUCACAUGCAAAAAACUUGUUUACAUCUGGGAUAAUGAACGAGGCGAAUUUCUCAAGCUAGCUGGCUUAGAUACUGGUGUUUCUACAUCAACGUUACACCAAAUGCCGGGAUUGACUUCUCAGGAACAAUUUCUGAGACGCAGCGUUUACGGGAACAAUGAAAUAAAAAUACCGCUGAAAAGUUUCAUCCAUUUAUUGUGUCUCGAGGCAUUGAAUCCAUUUUACGUCUUCCAAUUAUUCAGUUUCGGCCUGUGGAUAGCUGACGAUUACUACUACUACGGUCUGGCAAUUAUGACAAUGUCUGGCUUCGGCAUCACGAUGGCCGUCAUCCAAACCCGUCGCAACCAGCAAAAAUUAAGUUCAACGGUCCAUUCAUCAGAUGUAGCUACAGUUAUGCGAGACCGCACGACUGGUAAAACAGAUUCCAUCACGUCCGAUCGUUUGGUUCCUGGCGACAUCUUAGUGAUACCCCCGCACGGUUGUGUAAUGCCCUGUGACGCAGUUCUUCUUACAGGAACGUGCAUCCUCAACGAGUCGAUGUUAACUGGAGAAUCCGUGCCCGUCACCAAGACCCCGGUCCCAUCUUCAGCGGAUAUGAUAUACGAUACCAAAGAACACGCACGUCAUACCCUCUUCUGUGGCACGAAAGUCAUCCAAACUCGAUACUUUGGCGGCGAAAAAGUCCUUGCUGUGAUUAUCCGAACAGGAUUCACUACCAGCAAAGGAGGACUCGUGCGAUCAAUAAUGUACCCGCCACCAGUGGACUUUAAAUUCGAGCAAGAUUCAUAUAAAUUCGUUGAAAUCCUGGCGUGUAUCGCAAUCGUCGGUGCUAUUUACACAGUAAUAACCAAAUCGAUGCGCGGCAUACCUACUCGUGAUAUUAUUCUAGAAGCCUUAGAUCUCAUCACAGUUGUUGUUCCACCGGCGCUGCCUGCUGCUAUGACAGUAGGGCGCCUGGUUGCUCAAAACCGACUUGAGAAGAAACGAAUUUACUGUACAAGUCCUCGAGCUAUCAAUGUGUCGGGUUCUAUUGACUGCAUUUGCUUUGAUAAAACUGGAACCCUUACAGAAGAUGGUCUAGAUAUGUGGGGUGUAGUUCCGGCAACGGAAAGAAAAUUUUUCGUCCCUGUGAAGUCAAUAAGCUCAUUACCGGCAGCAGAACUACUUUUUGGCAUGGUAAGUUGCCAUGAAAUAACAAUCAUUGAUGGAUCAUUGGUUGGAGAUCCACUGGAUCUAAAGAUGUUCGAGUCAACCGGCUGGACUCUUGAAGAGCCUGACGUAUCGGAUAACACCAAGUUCUCGAUGAUGUUUCCGACAAUAGUACGCCCUCCCAAAAAUUCAAGGCUGCUACAUACUCAAGAGCCACUGCCGGGUAUGUCCCCAGCUCGCCAGAACUCGAUCGCCAAUUCGGAAGUAGAGAACAUGUCACUAAACAAUUUGGCUGCUUCGGAUGCGGAAUUAGCUGAGCAAGGAUUAGAAAUAGGUAUUAUAAGACAGUUUCCUUUCACAUCAAGCUUACAGCGUAUGAGUGUCAUCACCCGGACGUUGGGUGCUACGCACUAUGAUCUCUACUGCAAAGGAAGUCCGGAAAUGAUCCAAAGUCUAUCACGCCCAGAAUCAAUCCCUGCAGAUUUUGCUUCAGUUCUCCAGGAAUACACCUCCGAAGGCUACCGUGUGAUUGCAAUGGGACACAAACCACUCAAUAAAUUAACUUACGCCAAAGUUCAGCGUUUGAGCCGUGAGUCUGCGGAAAGUGAUCUCCAUUUCCUGGGUUUCGUUAUCCUAGAAAAUCGACUCAAGCAAGAAACUACUCCAGUUAUAGAAGAACUUAAUCGUGCAUCAAUAAAGACAGUAAUGGUUACUGGCGAUAACAUACUUACGGCAUUGUCUGUAGCGCGUGAUUGUGAAAUGAUACAAUCAGACAUGCCAGUUAUUGCUGUAACUGCGCUACAACUUGGUCAACAAAAGCCACAAUUAUAUUACACCCGCAGUGAUCAUACCGUUUCGUCACCAAUGCCCUCAAGCAUUAGCGAAAUGACCGAUUUGAAUAGCAUCAUCUCGCUAGAAACAAUCGAAAGUGGUUCAUUUGUUCGCACAGACGGAGUCUAUCUUUCAGACGACUGCCACAAGCAUAGUACUAACAAAUAUGUAUUCGCCGUUGAUGGUAAAACCUGGGCAAUAAUAAAACAAUACUAUCCAGAACUUCUUCCUAGAAUAGCAACACGUGGUGCGAUUUUCGCACGGAUGUCACCAGAUCAGAAGCAACAGCUGGUUCAAGAAUUACAGGGUCUCGGCUAUUAUGUUGCCAUGGUCGGAGACGGAGCCAACGACUGUGGUGCCCUGAAGGCUGCUCACACUGGAAUCUCACUCUCCGAUACAGAGUCAUCAGUAGCCUCACCGUUCACCAGCCGGGAAACAAAUAUCUCCUGCUUGCAAUCGGUUAUCCGAGAAGGUCGUGCUGCCUUGGUCACCUCAUUCGGCAUCUUCAAAUACAUGGCGGCUUAUUCACUAACGCAAUUCGUCUCAGUGAUGAUUUUGUACGAAAUUGAUUCCAACUUAACUGAUUUCGAGUUCUUGUACAUCGACUUACUGAUCAUAUCAGUGUUUGCAUUCUUUCUACCCCGUACCCAGGCAUAUGAUGGCCCACUGGUCAAAGACCCUCCGCCGACUAGUUUGGUCAGCACCUCAUCAAUACUGAGCAUCGCUUUGCAAAUGAUUCUUGUCACCGGUUUCCAAUGCUUGAGCUACUGGAACCUCAAACAGUAUGAUUGGUACAAACAGUUUAAUGUUGAAGAAAGUGAAGACAAAGAUGACGUUUCUUGUUUAGAAAACUAUACUCUGUUCAUUAUCAGUUCAAUGCAAUAUAUUAUACUAGCCGCAACCUUCUCUAAAGGUCAUCCAUAUCGCAAAAGUGUUUUCACCAAUCACGGAUUGCUUGCGUCCUUCAUUUUGAUGUCAAUGUUUUCUUCAUACUUGGCUAUUUGUCCAUUUGACUGGCUGGCUCAUCAAUUUGAACUAGUACUGCCACCGGAGACUUCAUUCAGGGUCAGGCUGGUCCUAUAUGGUGCAGCUAACUUAAUUAUUGCAUUAUUCGUCGAAUGUUUCAUCGUUGAUUACCUGAUUUCUGGCAAAUUGCGUUACCGCUGGCACAAUGUCGACAAAUCAAAACGUAAGUUUUUGGCAAUAGAACGUGACAUGUUGAAGAACACAAAAUGGCCGCCUUUGACACAAGAACCCCCGACUCCAGAUGUCGCAGUACCUGAUUUGAUAAGACGAAACACUGUCACGGAAAUAAAAAUAGAGAAGCAUAUUCCUGACAAUGCAAGUAACCACGGGGGAGCUAGUAUUGUAACGCCUGUGAAAUCUGGAAUAUUUUUCAACAAAAGUUCUCCAAGAUCAUUGACGAUGGCUAAUAAAUUCGGCUCUGCACGAGAGGUUACGCUCAAUCCAACUAGUUUGGUUAAUGACCGUCGCAAUACUGUAUCGAUGCAAAUAGUGUCACCUUGUUAUGAAGAUCGUGAGUUAACAGAUGUAACAACACCUUCCCGUAAACUGAUGAAUGGUAAUGGCGACAGUCACAUUAAAAGACGACACAAUUCAGAGUCAGAAAAUGGAAUCGAUCAGCACCGUACUAUCAAUCAUGGAAACCCGUUAACGUCGAUAAAUCCAAUUGCGACUUUACCAAGAAACCAAUCAAUGCAAAAUCAAAAAAUUAGAGAUAUCAAUAUGGAUAAAAUAAAUAAGAGCGAAGAUUUGAGACGAGGACAAAGUGUUUUGGAAAUGGAUAUUUUGCCUUCUUGAAACGCGGUUAUAUCCUUUGUUAAAACAAAGGUUUUUUAUUACGGUUUAUUGUGCUAAUAGUAUGACAUGGGACUAUGAGCAUUUAAUUUUAUUCAAUGCUGCCUAUUUAUUAGAGCUGGGUUCUUAAUUAUUAUUAAUCAUUUUUUUAUUUUUGAAGUUUCGGUGCUUAAAUCAGUUCUAAAUGUACGAAAAAAAAUUUUCUGACGAUUUUCACUCUUACAUGAAUCAUAUAUGAACUCGAUCAUAUAAUUUGAUACUUUAGACUCAUUAUUGGUCAAAUAUAAUCCAUAUCUGAUUUGUAUAUGAUUGAAAAAUCUAUUUUGGAUCACGUAGACAUCAUAUAUAUGUAAAUAGUCAUAUAUGAACAGAUAUGAAUCAUAUAUAAUCAUAUAUGUCACAUAUGAUCAGAUAACUGUUAUUUAUACCAGCUAUGGAGUAUAUAUGAUCAGAUAUGAAUUAUGUAUGAUCAGAUAUGGAGUAUAUAUGAUCAGAUAUGAUCCAUGUAUGAUAGGAUAUGGAUUAUGUGUGAUCAGAUAUAAGCUAUUUAUGGUCAGAAAUAGAUUAUAUAUGAUCAAAUAUGAAUCAUAGAUAAACUAUCAUUUAAAAAGGAAGUAUGACUUUUAGGAAUCAUAUAUGACAUAAAUGUAGAAUAAUAUUAUUCCAUAUAUGACUCAGGUAUGUUAUUGAUGUUCAUCAGAUAGGGCUCACAAAUUGCCAAAAUCAUAUUUAGAGUAAAUAUUUAUAAAAUAUAAUAAUUUCAGUAUUAUAUAUGGGCUUAUACAUUAAUAUUACCAAAAUAUAGAAUAAUACAAAUUUAAAAAAUUAUAUGAAUCACAUACACCAACAAAAACAAGCCAAAACUUUAUAAGAAAUUGAUACUUAUCAUAUAUAAAUUAUGCAGUCUUCACAUACGGCGAUAUACAAUUUAAUAUUCAUUAUAUAUCCUCUCAUUGAGUAAUAAUUAGUAUUUAUAAAUUUUAUAUGAAUCAGAUACAGUUCAUUUAGAACUCGCGCUUGCCAAAAUCAUGUACAGAAUAAAUAUAAAUUAUGAAUAUAUAAAAUAUUUAUCAUAUAUGCUUCAAAGAUAGAAUAAUGUUGAUAUAUGAAUCAGAUAUGGGUCAUAUUCACUCCGGAACGGAUCAAAAUCAUAUAAAAUAAUUAAUUAUUAUACAUAAAACAUUUAGUUACAAGAUAUAGUCAUAUGUACAUCAGAUAUGAUCAUAUACGCUCAUAAUGAUAUCAUAUAAGACUGUAAGUGUCAUAUAAGAUCAUAUACGGUCAUUUCCACGCCAUAUAAUAUCGUAUGUUCAUAACGAUACCAAAAAUAAUCAUAUGUUAUGAAUAUAAACAAUGUAGGAUCAGAUACAUCAUAUAUGGAUAAAAUACGAAUUAAUAUGACUUAAAAAAAUUUAUACGAAUCAGAUAUUGUUUAUAUAUUGUCAAUGUACGAUAAAAAUAGAAUUUUGACCACUUUCUGCUUUACGAAAAUUAAAAUUUUGAGAAUAAUUAUUUUUUAUUUGUAUACAGAACCGAUUUAAAAAUGAAACUCAUGAAAAUAAAAAAAAAUUAUUUAAUAUAGAACCACUCUACUAAUUUUAAUUAUUGAUUUAUUAUAUAUUAUUUAUAUUUGAGUCCCUUUUGACUCAAAAUUGUCAAUUAUUUUGCAGAUUUAGUAUUCAUUACCCAAAUUACAAGCAAAACAAAGUAUUAAUAAAUCUGUACCGUUUUUUUGUUUUAGAUCUUAAUACCUUUGUUCAUAUUUUAUAAUUUUUAGUCUUUGCAUUUUAGGUAUCGUUACUUAUUAAUCGAUUAAUUGAUUACUUAAUUACCGAGUACUUGGCUAUAUAAUUUUACCAACUGCUUCAUUUUUUUUUUUUGGUUUUAUAAUUUAAUAUCCGGCUGUUAAAGAGUUCAUUAAUUAUAUUAUUGUUAAUAUUAUUGACACAAUAUUGUAAAAAAAAAUGUAAAUUAACGGACAAAUCUAUGCUUCAAAAAAAAAAAAAAUUAAUAAAUAAUAAUUAUAUAAGUAAGCUAAAAAAAAAUCAAAUAAUUUAGGAAAUUUAAUACGUGAUUUAAAUAA